GGUAACAAGGAAACACACGUCUCCGCAGCAACCAGACCAAGGCGUCCAGUAUGAAGUUGCUAAGCAACCACUAUAAAAAACAACGGGCGUCACGUUUUGAGAGCCACACAUAUAUUAAUUAGUUAUCAACAUUGCUCUUCAUUUCCGCUUUAGAUUCGUCUUUACAAGACAACACCUGUGCUUGUUUGAUGAACAAGAUGGAGCUAAAAACACAAGGCUUUACCGUGAAGGCCACUAUGAAGAACUCCGUGGUGGUGGGUCCCCCGGCUGCAGGGGCUUUUCAGGAGCGCCCUUCUAAACCAACCGCCUUUCGCAAGUUCUACGAGCGUGGAGAGUUCCCGAUGGCACUGGAGCAUGACACCAAAGGCAACCGAAUUGCAUGGAAGGUGGAGAUUGAGAAGCUGGACUACCACCACUAUCUGCCUCUGUUCUUUGAUGGCUUAUGCGAGACUGUUCAUCCGUAUGAGUUCUUCGCCCGCCAGGGAGUCCAUGACAUGCUGGAGCACGGAGGCCCCAAGAUCCAGCCUGUCAUUCCCCAACUCAUCAUCCCCAUCAAGAAUGCGCUGAAUACGAGGAACCGUCAGGUGAUCUGCACCACCCUGAAAGUCCUGCAGCAUCUGGUGAUGUCUGGAGACAUGGUUGGAGAGGCUCUGGUGCCCUACUACAGACAGAUCCUCCCCAUUCUCAACAUCUUCAAGAACAUGAAUGUCAACUCUGGUGAUGGCAUCGACUACAGCCAGCAGAAGAGAGAAAACAUCGGGGACCUGAUUCAGGAGACUCUGGAGGUCUUUGAGCGCUACGGAGGAGAGGAUGCCUUCAUAAACAUCAAAUACAUGGUGCCCACCUACGAGUCCUGCAUGAUCAACUGAGGGGGGCGGGGGGGGGGUCCCCCUGACAUUGCACAGACUAUUGACUUUAUCUGUUUGUCAGUCCUUCUUUAUCUGCCCCCCAACUCUAAAUAGAACUCUUAUUUUAUCCCUUUCUUCUUCACUCCAAUCAUUCUCUUUUUGUGUCAGAACAGUACCAUAUUCUUUUAUUGUCCUAUUAAAUGUAUUGUAUUAGUCAUACUUUCUGUAUCUGUGUAUUUAACACUAUCACGUGUUAAUACCAAUACAAGCUUGACAGAACAAAUGUGCCCCAUUGAAAUACACCAAUAUACUUAACAUU